GGAAUGGAGGGAUGAUAAACACACAAUCACUCAACACUCGAGACAAUGGCGGCGAGUGGCAGUCUGAUGCACCGAUGCACCGAUGCACCGAUGCACAUGCGCGAUGCACGAGACAAUGAACGGCCUGCUGAUCACCUCGGGCCCGCAUCAGAGCAGAUAGGAGUGUAUAAGGCCAGGCAAGGCCGCAGGUUGCCUCGCACCGUAUUCUCACUCGUCAACUUGCCACCAGCGGCCUGCGUUAACUACACGACUCUGCUCGACUUCUACACCUCUCCUCCUCCAAAAGCUUCAUGAAUCACUCACGCACCGUCUCGGCGCCGCCGCAGACCUGUCGCCGCAGCAAACGCAACGGCAUGCUCUUCACCCGCCCUUUCAGCCUGUCCGACUACGAGUCGACGCAGGUUUCGACGCUCAGCGACUCGUCACAUGGAGACUACUCGCGGCAGGAGUCUAGAUGGCGUGCGGCGCGCGCCUCGGCUCCGUCCUCCUCGUCCAUAUCCCCGUCUGCCGCAUCUCCCUCUGCCAUAUCGCCGUGUGCCCCAUCCCCCUCCGCCACCUCCGACAUUGACAUGGAGGAGAUCUGGACCGCGCAGACGUCCCAUCGCGCAACACAGGCCCACCCCACCUGUCCCGCUCAGUCCUACCUCAGCCGCACUACCCCGUCCCGCACCUCCUCCUCCUCGGCCUACUCCUCCCCGCGCUCCUCCUCCCGCGCCUCGACGCUGUCUCUCUCCCCCUCCCUCUCCGCGCCAUCCGGCACACCCGCACGUGCGCCCUCUCCGCCCCUCCCCACCCUCCCCCCACCCUCCCUCACCUCUCUUGCCCUGGUCUCCCGCACGCCGUUGCUCGAGCUCGCGAUGAAUCCCGCCCUGGUCAUUCGCCCCGUCGUCCCAUGCGAGCGAUGUGCCCUGUACGCCCACGAGUGCAUGUACGACCCCGACGUCCUCGUCGCCGUCUGGGACGGGGAGGGCGAUCUGCCGCUGCCGAAGUGCGCGGCAUGCCCCGACGACGAGGGGUGUUGGCAUGUCCUCGGCGGGCGGAUGAUCCGGCCGCGCGCCCGCGUGUUCGAGCACCCUACGGAGAUGGGGAUUAACGAUGCGUGGACGCGCGCCCACGCCGUCCGGUACGGCAUCCAGCUUGCGCUGGGCUACGCCCUCCGCCUCCUCCCCGAAGUCGGGCGCACUCUGCCCGUGCCCCUCCGCUUGGCGCUGUCUCUUGCGCGCAUGGCUGUCCGGCAGGCGGUCGGACAGGCCGUGCGCGUGGCUGUGGGCUUGGCGAUGCGGCAGGUCGUGCCGGCGCGGCGGGGGGGUGGGCGGGCUGAGCGAGUGAUAGGAGGGAAGGUGGGGGGCGGAUAG